AUGUCUUCCCCCGCCGUUGAGGCCUCUCGUGCUAUCCUCUCCACCAUCGACCUCUCAAAGUAUGAUCCAGAGCAGUCUAAACUGAUGGACGAGAGAUGUAUUCUGGUGGACGAGCAGGACAGAGCUCUCGGAGCAGCGGACAAGAAGACCUGCCAUUUAAUGGAGAACAUCAACAAGGGACUACUUCACCGUGCUUUCUCUGCGUUCGUGUUUCGACCGAACGAUGGGAAGCUUCUUCUCCAGCAGCGCGCUACGGAGAAAAUCACCUUCCCCGACAUGUGGACCAACACCUGCUGUUCCCACCCGCUAGAUGACUUCGAAGAGGAGAAGGUCGAGAAAGACCAGCUGGGCGUUCGCAUCGCCGCAUCUCGCAAGCUAGAACACGAGCUAGGAAUUCCCAAGGAGCAAACACCGGUUGACGAAUUUCAGUACUUGACCCGCAUACAUUACCUGGCGCCGUCAAACGGUACAUGGGGCGAACAUGAAGUUGACUAUAUUCUCUUCUUGACGGCGAAUGUCACCGUCAAGCCCAACCUGAACGAGAUUCGCGAUCAUAAGUAUGUGAACAAGGCUGAACUGCAGGCGAUGUUCGAUGAUCCAGCGAAUUCGUUUACGCCUUGGUUCAAGCUCAUCGCGCGGGACUUCCUUUUCGGCUGGUGGGACGAGCUGCUUAGCCGCAAGGACGCCAGCGGCAAAGUUUAUGCAAAGAGUCUCGCUGGAGUUGCAGACGGCAGUAAGGUUGUCAAGAUGGUGUAA